CUGAAAUCAUCGAUUUGCUGUUUCCGUAUGACAAAUCACGGUGAGGCAGCGACGAUAGACCUGGAUGAGUUGAAGCCGAGGACGCUGCGAUCGCUGUACACUUGGCUGAAAUCGACGGCGCAUGAACUGGAGAUCAAGGACAGGUGCAAGAAUCUGAUCGCCAGAAUCGAGAAGCAAGGAGGUCGCAGGCAGCACAGUUCGUCCGAUUUCAGCUACGAUCCUUUGAGUUACGCGCUAAACUUCGAGGACGAGGUGAGCUGGGUAGACAAGAUGCCAGUUAUUAGCUUCCCUUCUGUCUUCGCGCCUCGCCGGAGCAGAUCAUUGGGACCAACUGCAGAAACCUGAAAGAAAAAGAACCCAGAAACGUAGUGAGCAUGGUGUUUGAUUAUGGGAUUUUUUCUUGGAUUGUUUGACAGAGGACAGGGAAUUUUUCUGGGGUUUUUGUUUCUGGUUUUGUAAGCUAGUUUGGUGUUUUGAAGGGCACGAGAAGAUUGGGUUUUCAAUGGAGGCUAGAACAAGAACUAG